UGCAUGCGACCAUAUAUAGCUAACUUGAAAUACAUUGUGAAUCAUCAUAUCUUAUCUGUAUAUAUAGUACUGAAAAAUACCUUCAUUUAUAUCACAGAAUUUAUAGAAUUUCAACCAAAACAAACAGACAGCUAGUUUUGGAAAUGAAUAUGAGACCAAGAGGUGGCGCAGUUGCAGGUAGACGCUCAAGGCCUGCCCUUCGUCCAGUGUAUGAAGAUUUUAAGCCAACUUCUGAAUGGAAACAUGAAGAUAGAGCUGUCAUACUACUUUACCAUCUUCCUGGAUUUGCUAAAGAACAAAUUCGAAUUUUAGCUGAAAGUCGGGGGAUUCUAAGAAUUCGCGGAGAACGUUUGGUCACCAGUAAUAAAUGGAGUCGAUUUGAAGAGGAAGUUGUGGUACCAGAAGAUUGUAACAUGAGUGAAAUUCGAGCAAAGUUUGAAGGUGGAAUCCUUCGAAUUACAAUGCCAAAAAAGAUAAUUACCAUAGAUAAGAAACAUCCAAUUGAAGAACAAGUUAAGACAACAUUGCAUGAUCUCCCUAGAUCAAGUGUCACAAAACCUAACGUACAACAACCAAGGCCUCUACUUGAGUCGCAAGAGCAGCCUUCAAAACCAACAUCGUCACCAAUUGCACAAAAGCCUCAAUUUGGAACAAAUAUUAACCCACCAUCCAUGCCUCAUAUGAGAGGUGAAAUUAGUGAGCCACAGCCCAAAAAGCCACAAGAAGCAAAUUUGUCAUCUAUGAAGCCUCAAAUUGCUUUAAAAGAGUCACAAAACAAUGAAGACAAUGCAAAUUAUGGCAAAGAGAAGUUCACAAAAGAUGACAAAGCACAAGUUGUGGAUUAUGAGGGAGGCAAAAACAAAGGAAUGACAACAGGCCAAAUUAAAGAUUAUGAGACGAAAGAGAAGAGUGAUCAAUCUGUUACUAAGAUACAAGAGAAACGUGAUAAAUAUGUUGAUGCUCUUGAUCAAGUCAAGACAAACGAUUAUGAAUUGGGUAAGACAAAUGGCUUUGGUAAUCAUAUGAGUGUGGCAAAAAGUCACAUAUCAAAGAAGUUGAGUAGUGAAGAUGGGCAACUUUUGAAAAAUAUGGGUGCAGCGGUAUUAGUAAUCGUAGCACUUGGAACUUAUAUAUCCUAUUCACUUGGCUCUAUUAAUUAAUCUCAUUACUCGUAAUUUUCCUUUCCAUUUACUCGUUGUGAAUAUAUAUUUUAUGUAAUAUCAGCUGAUGAAUACUUGUCCAUAUAUAAUAAAUAACCACAAAUGUUUAAUGUUUUC